AUGGACCUGUUUCUGUAUUGGAGUCGAGCUUACGGCAUUUCGAGUCACUUUGUUGGAAAGAAAAUCUUAGGGCAAUUAGAUAGAGUGGCAAAUUUGGAGAGCCGUGCAUUGCUGGAGGAGGAUCGGUGUUUGUUGUCAAGCAAUGCUGGUAGACAUAGUUCGCAGUUGGAUAUGGCCAUUGGUUCACCUAUGGUGAAAGUAAACUCUGUCGAAAUUUCCGCUUUGUACAACAAUGUUUUCGUUGCUGUUGUCUCUGAAGUUAAUCUGGCUGCUGAGGAGAAGAACUGGGUGGUAGACUCUGGAGCUACUCGCCAUAUUUGUAAUGAUGAAUUAGCCUUCUCAGCAUACAUUAAAGUCAAGGAUGGAGAAGAACAAGUCUGCAUGGGAGACUCUUGUCAUGUUCCUGUCAAAGGGAAAGGAAAGAUCUAUCUCAAGUUGGCUUCGGGUAAAACACUUGCUUUGACUAAUGUCUUGCAUAUUCCUGAAAUUCGCUCAAACUUGAUAUCUGUUUCUUUGUUGCAAAAAGUUGGUAUUAAGGUGGCUUUUGAGACUGAUAUAAAUGAUGUCCAAAAGUUGUUUAAAAAAUCAAAGGUUUAUAAGGACUCACAAGAAGUGGUUUGUGAAGACUCACAACAAAAUCCCGAAUAUUCUGAAAUAGAAAUUCAAAGGAGUAAAAGAGAGAGAAAAUCCACCAAUUUUGGUGAUAACUUUUACACAUUUCUUUUGGAUAAUGAUCCAGUUACCUAUAAUGAAGCAAUAUGCUCCAGAGAUGCACCAUUUUGGAAGGAUGCGAUCAAUUCUGAAAUGAAUUCUAUCAUAUCCAAUCAUACUUGGGAGGUGGUUUAUUUGCCACAUGGUGCUAAACCUAUAGGUUGUAAGUGGAUCUUCAAAAGAAAGCUUAAAGUUGAUUGUUCGGUUGAAAAGUAUCAGGCAAGGUUGGUAGCUAACAGGUUCACCCAGAAGAAAGACAUAGAUUAUUGUGAUACUUUUGCUCCUGUAACUAGAAUCUCUUCUAUUAUAGUUCUAAUGUCUUUGACAGCAAUUCAUAAUUUCUUUGUUCAUCAAAUGGAUGUCAAGACAGCUUUUCUGUAUGGCGAUCUAGAUGAAAAAAUAUGUAUGAAUCAACCUGAGGGUACUAUCGUACCAAGAAAUGAGCAAAAAGCAUGCAAAUUAAUUAAGUCUUUAUAUGGGUUGAAACAAGCGCCUAAACAAUGA